AUGUGUUGGUGGGAGCAGAGCAGACAGACAGUAGAGAGAGUGUCUCUAAAUCUGUGAUGGAGGAGGAAGACGACCGAGGAGGCCGCCGACGCCACCAUUUCCUUCCUCCGCAUUUACUGCCGCCAUACCUACGCUCGCUCUCCUGAACCGACCAACCAACUACUACCUCUUCUGCAUUUACAUUGCUCUUCCUCUCCACCGCAAGCUCCUGAUCUGCACAGCCGCGACCGUUACCCCUACCUUUCAAGUCAGUGUGUUUGUAAUGCGCAUCUUAGCCGAAGUGAAUAUUUUGAGUUGAAGAUAUUGGAACUCACAGAGAGAAGUUUUGUUAUAGCAUUCAAUGGAGAAGUAUGAAACACUGGAACAGAUCGGGAAGGGAGCUUUCGGUUCUGCCCUUCUUGUGCGGCAUAAGCAAGAAAAGAAAAAGUAUGUCCUGAAAAAGAUUCGCCUUGCUCGUCAAACUAACAGGACUCGUCGAUCUGCACAUCGUGAGAUGGAGCUUAUAUCCAAAAUGCAAAAUCCAUUCAUCGUGGAUUACAAAGAUUCAUGGGUAGAGAAGGGUUGCUAUGUGUGCAUUAUCAUAGGUUACUGUGAAGGAGGAGACAUGGCAGAGGCCAUAAAAAAGACAAAUGGUGUCCAUUUUUCAGAAGAGAAGCUAUGUAGGUGGCUUGUUCAACUGCUUAUGGCACUUGACUACUUACACACAAAUCAUAUUCUUCAUCGUGAUGUCAAGUGCUCGAAUAUAUUUUUAACUAAAGAGCAAGACAUCCGGCUCGGUGAUUUUGGACUUGCCAAAAUGUUAUCUUCUGAUGAACUUGCCUCCUCAAUUGUUGGUACUCCCAGUUACAUGUGCCCUGAGCUACUUGCGGAUAUUCCUUAUGGUUUUAAAUCUGAUAUAUGGUCCCUUGGGUGCUGCAUUUAUGAGAUGACUGCCCUUAAACCUGCAUUCAAGGCAUUUGAUAUGCAGGCUCUCAUAAACAAAAUAAACAAAUCCAUUGUUGCUCCACUGCCUACCAAAUACACUGGUGCAUUCCGAGGUCUAGUCAAAAGCAUGCUGAGGAAAAAUCCAGAACUCCGGCCAAGUGCUGCAGAACUUCUGAAGCACCCACACCUUCAACCCUAUGUGCUCGAUGUUCAUCUGAAACUAAAUUCCCCCAGGCGUGACAAUCUUCCACGUCCAUCACCUGAAACAGAACAGCAUAGUGCUAGGAAGAUUCGAUUUUCGGAUCCAGUCCACAUGCCACUUCCAGCGUAUAGAGAGAGGCGACUAUCAUGUGGAAAUGACAGGACCUUGAAUCCCAGUGUAUCUGGAGCUGAUCAAAGCUAUAGCUCAUCAACUAAGAUAAUGAGACCCACCCCUUUCCACAUGUAUCAGGAAAUGAAAGAACUGUCCACUGGAAGCAAAGAUGAUGGAACUGUCGUUACAAAAAAUGUUACUUCGAGAGCCUCAGUGAACCAGAAAAUUGUACCACCAAAAGCUUCAACAACUGCGAAGAGUAAACCAAAUUUUCCGAAGAAGCAAAAUAUGCUUCCAACUUCGAAAAGCUCAAUCAAGAAAUCUGUAUCUACAGCACGUAGAGCUUCACUUCCAUUUCCUGCCAAAGAUGACAUUCACAAAUCCCAUCACAGGUCCAGUCUUGGAACUCUUCAAAACAUUGGCAUUAUCCGAUCUCCAGAUGUUUCGGUUAACGCCCCUCGCAUGGACAAAAUGGUUGAAUUCCCCCUAACAUCAUACGAGGAAUCCUUUCCCAUCUGCAUUAACUCAUCAGAUUCUGUGCAAGGCUCCUCUGCGUCACAACAGGUUGACUGCUCUAUUAUGAAAGAUCGGUGCAUCAUUCAGUCACCUGAUAAACCUGGCAGAGUAAGCUUGACCAGUUGGCAAGGAGUUCAACAAACUGCAUUUAAAAAGGAAAAGGACGAUGGAAGUGAGUAUUCAGAUCAAAAUGCCACAGCUGGUGCCUCAAGCCGAACAUCAUCAGACCAAAGACGCCGCAGGUUUGACAUGUCUUCAUACCGACAGCGUGCUGAAGCAUUGGAAGGCUUGCUGGAAUUUAGUGCAAGAUUGUUGCAACAAGAGAGAAUUGAGGAGCUUGGGGUUUUACUAAAGCCAUUUGGCCCCGGGAAAGUAUCUCCGAGAGAAACUGCAAUCUGGUUAACCAAGAGCUUUAAAGAGAAAACAAUCCAACCAGAAGAUUUUCACUCUUGAAUCAGCUUUGCAUCUGCAGGAUUUCUUCAUGAAAUAAAAUAUCAACAUUCUUGUGCAACGACGUAGUUCUGCAGUUCUAGAAGCAGAGAGAAGUAUUUUAGAUCGUAGUUUAGCCUGUCAUCUAGGCAAACUUCAAAUUAUUAGAUAGUGCUCAAAUGGGAAUUUAGUAAUCGCUAGACGACUGAAGUAUCUGCUGAUUCCAUUCCAUUGGUUUAGUAUCUAGACCACAUUAAUGUCGGCUAUAAUAUCCUAGUAUUCUGUUUCAA